AGACUCACCAUGGAAUUUGCUUGUGGGUUUGUUUACGUACCGCCAUCAGUGACUCAGAAGGACGGCCAACGAUCUAAUGUGGUUAAACGCUCAGGUUUUGGAAUUAAACAAAUCACUACCCAGGAACACAGAUAUUUACAAUGCAGCUUCAGAUUGGAAACAUCAGAUUUUACUUUGUGGACUCACCAUUUUAAACAAAUUCACCAAAGAGACAGUUUUUACUCUGCUGUCACUACACCUGUCACCGCACCUUAUGUCAGCUCUUCUCCCUCCUGUUAACCGAGUCCGUCCUCGCAUUCCUCCACCUCCUCCUCCAACAAACCCUGCAGAAGCCAAAUCACCGAAAUCCCCCGAGUCCUUACCCAAGAUUAUUGAACAGUUGGAAAAGAGCAACGAGGUGAAGAAGGUUAUGAUCUCCCCUUUCUAUGAAAAUGUAGGAUUUCACAAUAAAACAGAAGCAGCCUCUUCCAGCAGUUCUCAGACAACACCUCCUCGGAAAACAGCUCUUCUGCCACCACACAUGAAACCUGCAGCAAACAGCCAGCCAGUCUCUUCCCUCAACACCACCAGUCAGACAUUUGUCUAUGACCUCCCUAAAAGUGAGCCAGAUUUAAACAUGCAACCCUGGGACCCAAACUACUCAUACACUGAACCGGAGGGUACGGGGCUGCCAGUGAAGCUGCCAGCUGAUACUAACAGUGUGACAUUAGCUCCACCUCUUCCUCCGAGACCUUCAUUCAUGAAAUCAAUGCCAGAUUAUGUGCUUGUGUUACCCUCGUCCCACUCGUGUCCCUCAUCACAGAAAUCACCAUCAGACCAGUCACGUGUGCCAUCACCUACUAGUAAAGGAUCAGCAGAUAGGGGGCUUCUGCCAGGAAAUCCUAAUGUGGUCCUUGUCAGUUUAGGGAAAUUACUCUCAGAGGAAAGAGUAGAGACCAUUAAAGGAGAACCCAGCUCCUGCUCCCAGUGUGGCUCUGUGCUGGACUCCUUCUAUGAUAAUGUGGUUGAUGUGUGUUACUUCUGUCAGCCGUCGAAAUUAACCAGCUCUCCCAGUCUACCAUGUGAGCUCCUAACUGGUUACCAGGAUGGCCUCUUUUCACUAAAUCCUAAUGAAAAGCCUCCGUGUGUUGCCGACCCUCUGCUGAUCUUCUGCAUUGACAUCUCAGGCUCCAUGAGCAUCACCUCCCAGGUGUCAGAGGGAGAACGUGUCAUCCACAGAUCUCGUCUACAAUUUGUCCAGAAAGCCGUGAUGCAGUGUGUCGAGAGACUAAAUAAACAACAACCUGACACACGAGUGGGGCUCAUCACAUUUAACCAUCAGGUGACAAUGCAUGGAUAUGGCAAUUUCACAUCACAUUUCCUGAGCGGUGCUGAGUUGACUGACAGUGAUUAUCUCAAAGAGGCUGCAGCCAGUUUCCCCAGUCCACCUCCGCUCUCACAGACCAAGGACUACUUACAGAGACAUAUUCUGGGAUUAUCUGAAAGUGGGGCCACAGCACUUGGACCUGCUGCUCUCCUGGCGAUUGCAACAGCCUCCAGACAGCCAGGGUCCAAAGUGAUUAUCUGUACAGAUGGGAAGGCCAACACAGAGCUUGGGAAUCUGGAGGUAGAGGAUAAUGAUGCUCGAACCCUCCUCUCCUCCACCAUCUUCUACCAGGAGCUGGGGGAAUAUGCUGCAAAUCAGGGUGUGACCGUGUCUGUGCUGUCCAUAGAGGGAACAGACUGCAGGCUGGAUGAGCUGGGAAGACUUGCUGAUCGCACUGGAGGGACAGUGGUGAUAGCAAGUCCCAAAAGGUUGCACCCAGAGUUUGAGCAGAUCAUUGAAAACACAACCAUAGCUACACAUUGUACUGUCACAUUACUGCUGCCCCAAUCUCUGCGUAUGAGAGGAGAGAGGGAGGCAGGACACAAAGGGAUCAGAGAGAUGGGGAAUGUGGACCAAAAUACAGAGAUCACCUUCCAGUUUGGAGCCAAUGAACAGGAUGCAGAAGUGUCUACACCAGCCUCUGGUAGCCGUGUGUCCAUCCAGCUGCAGAUCCUGUACAGGCACAGGAACGGACAGAAGAUGCUCAGAGUGAUGACUUCAGAUCGAGAUGUUACCGAUGACAGCUCAGCGGCCCUGUCCUCCCUGUCUCUGGCCAUCAUUCAGCUCAACUCGUCACAGGCCAGCGCCGCUCUGGCUGUGAGAGGACGCUUUCUUGACGCCAGGAGGGAAGGCGAGCUGCAGAGGAAGCUGAUCGAGAGAGCAAUAGAGCAUAACCGCAGUGCAGAGGACAAAGAAACAUACCAGAAAUGGGUUAAAACCAUGGAGCCAAUAUACAACAACAUACAUAUCUUCACUAGGAGAAAAUCUGUUGUCUCUGACUCACAGUCACUAACAGAUGCCGGUGCAGCGCUGCUCUACACCAUGAAGCACAGCAACAGGAAGUCCAUCUCGCUGAAGAAUAAACAUUAACUCGGGCCAACUGUUCAGCCUCCACCUUUUACCUCAUUGGAAGGGACUCAAGUCAUGAAUGACAAGUACAAAUACUGCCAUUUGACUCUGAUUAUCUGUCUAGAUAAAUAUCCUUCAUAUAUUUCACAAUGUAAAUAAUGUAUGACAGCAUAUCGAUGUAACACAUGGUUCUCUGUGUCAUAAAGAAAAAAAGGUUUCUCAGACUUUAAGACUCUAAAUUAUUUGUUUAAAGUCCUGCUGAGGCAGUGUACACGGGUGUGUAUUUCACACUUGACAGUUUAUGUUUGCGCUGACCAAAAUACACGAGAAAAACCUGACUCAGAAACACCAUC